CAUAAACAGAAUACAUAAGUGAAUGCGCCUUUGUCAUUCCGAUACGUCAUUCCAAUAGACAGCCUUGUCACGUGAACGCGACGGCAAGGCUGCGGUCACCAGGAGAACCCGGCACGAAAACCGAUGUUGUCGACUAUAAUUCCAGCCCAUCUCAUACUGAAAGGAAUGUCGCCGAGCCGAAAAUGCUGAACUUCAACAUAGCACACGAUGGCUGCAAGAGCAAAAAUCAACGCCCUCCGUGCGAGGUUGUCGGCGCGCAUAGGCAAGCCAGCAAUCGCAGUGGCCGCUCACAACCCCCUAUCAGCCAAACUUGUAGCACAAACCUAUGGCUUCGACGCCAUAUGGGCUAGCGGCUUCGAGCUCUCAGCCUCGUACGCCGUCCCAGACGCCAGUGUCCUCUCACCAAACAUUCACCUUGAGAUGACGCGCGCCAUGGCCGAGGUUCAGGAUCUACCUAUAAUCGCCGAUCUGGAUACUGGCUUCGGUAACGCCAUCAACGUGGCCUACACUGUCCCACGCUACGAGGCGGCAGGUGUAGCCGCAAUCGUCCUGGAAGACAAGACCUUUCCCAAAGACAGCAGUCUCCGGCCCGGAGGACGUCAAUUACUAGUCUCAACAGAGGAAUUUCAAGGCAAGAUAGCCGCUGCCAAAGCGUCUUGCUCGAUGCUGGUCAUCGCACGCACAGAAGCACUAAUCGCCGGCCUGGGACAAGAAGAAGCGAUCCGGCGUGGUAUCACGUACGUCGAGGCCGGCGCAGAUGCGAUAUUGAUCCACAGCAAACAGAAGACUCCUGAUGAGAUAUUGUCCUUUUGUCAAGCUUGGCCAGGGACUGUGCCGUUGGUCAUUGUGCCGACGAGUUAUCCACAGCUCUCGUUCGAUGAGAUAGCAAAGCUUACCGAUAAUAAGGUCGGUCUUGUCAUUUGUGGCAAUCAUGCUAUUCGGGCGGCGGUCAGUGCUAUGCAACGUACGCUCGCUCAGAUCGUCGAAGAGAACGGCAUUGCAGGCGUCGAGGGUGAAAUAGCGCCAGUAUCUGACAUAUUUGAACUUCAAGGAGAUGCUGCGAUGCGUGAGCUGGAAAGGAAGUUUCUGCGCUGA